AUGUUAUAUUUAAAAAGAAUAUUUGACUUUUCUCUAAUUCCAUAUUUUUUACCAAGUCUUGUUAAUAGUAGUUGAAUUAGACGACCUAUUUGACUAGUCUGUUUCUUCUUUCAUCAAACCUUCUCAUUAUAUUCCUUCACCCAUCACUUCCAUUUUUCCUCAAACCCCAUCUUUUCUUAUUGUUCAUAGUUUUAUCAAAUAUCAUAAUAUUAAAUUUUUUGUAUAAUUGGAAAAAAAAAAGCAAAAAGAAGAAGAUGAAUGAUCUUUUUUCAGGAUCGUUCUCUCGAGAGAACGAUCACGAUCAAGAUUCUCAUGGAAUCGAGAUGGGAGACUCCAGUGGAGUUAAUCUCGAUAAGUUCUUUGAAGAUGUAGAAACUAUUAAAGACGAGCUGAAAAACCUUGAAAAACUCUUUACUCAACUCCAGAACUCUAAUGAAAAGAGCAAGACCCUUCACAACGCAAAUGCUGUGAAGGAUCUUAGAUCAAAAAUGGAUGACGACGUCUCCAUGGCUUUGAAAAAAGCGAAGUUUAUUAAGGUUCGCCUGGAAGCAUUGGAUAAAUCCAACGCUUCUAAUAGGAACCUUCCCGGGUGUGGCCCGGGGAGUUCCUCAGAUAGGACGAGAACGUCCGUUGUUAAUGGAUUGAGAAAGAAACUUCAAGAAUCUAUGAAUCAAUUCAAUGAGCUGAGACAAAAGAUGGCGUCGGAAUAUAGAGAAACAAUUCAAAGAAGAUAUUAUACUGUCACUGGAGAAAAACCUGAUGAAGAAGUUCUUGAUACACUCAUAUCUACAGGUCAAAGUGAGACAUUCUUGCAAAAGGCAAUACAAGAACAAGGAAGAGGACAAGUAAUGGACACAAUAAUGGAAAUUCAAGAAAGGCAUGAAGCUGUGAAGGAAUUAGAGAGGAAUUUAAAAGAACUUCAUCAAGUUUUCUUGGACAUGGCUGUUUUAGUGGAAUCUCAAGGUGAACAACUUGAUGAUAUUGAGAGCCAAGUGAAUAGGGCUAAUUCAUAUGUUAGAGGGGGUGCUCAACAAUUGCAAGUAGCAAGAAAACACCAAAAGAAUACAAGAAAAUGGACUUGUUUUGCUAUUAUUCUUUUGCUUAUUAUCAUCUUGAUAGUGGUUCUUUCUAUUCAGCCAUGGAAGAAAUGAGAUGGUCAAAGGUCUUUGGUUUGGUUGUGGAUGGACCCCUUUAAUUAUUUUUUUGAAUAUUCUAAAUUUUAUAGUUUAUUAUUUUAGUCAUCCUUAUUAUUUUGUGUAUUUUUGGGAUAUUUUUAUUGAUGUGGGGGGAAAGUAAAUUGGAUGGGGAUCUAUGUGUUAUUCUACUUGGGAAUCUUUUUUUGUAAUUAUUGAUGUAUUUAGAGUUAUAUUUUUGUGUUGUUUGCGUAGUUAUUUGUUUGUAUGGUUAUUCUCAUUCAGAUUUAAGUUAUUCCUUUAGUUGUUUA